AGAGGUCUCUGGCCCCAGCCCCCACCCACCUCGGGCUGGUGGCCGCCUGCCCUGGUGCGGGAUGAUUAGACCCGCGGCAGCCGCGGGACCCCAUGGAGGAGCCGUCGCCGCCGCCGGUCCGCCCGCUAGUGACCACGGCCUUGUCGGGCAGCCCACGCCCCGGCGCCCUCUCCGUGGCCGGCAGGCCUGGAGGGACUUCCUCCGCGGCGACGGCGGCGGCCUUGCUCUCCUUCAGCACUGCGGCGGCCGCGGCGCUGGGGAACCAGAGCGUCGGGGGCGGGGGCGACAGUACUGGCUCCUGGGCAGGCGGCGGCCUCGGCGGGCGCGGGGCGGCGGGGGCGGUGGGGAGGCUGCCACUGGACACCGAGGCGGCGCCGCCGCUGUCGCAGGGGGCGGCGAUGGCGGCCCAGGCGCUUGUCCUCCUGCUCAUCUUCCUGCUGUCUAGCCUGGGCAACUGCGCGGUGAUGGGGGUGAUCGUGAAGCACCGGCAGCUCCGCACUGUCACAAACGCCUUCAUCCUGUCCCUGUCCCUGUCGGAUCUACUAACAGCGCUGCUCUGCCUGCCUGCCGCCUUCCUGGAUCUUUUCACGCCGCCCGGGGGCCCGGCGCCCACUGCUGCCGCCUCCCGGCCCUGGCACGGCUUCUGCACAGCCAGCCGCUUUUUCAGCUCGUGCUUCGGCAUCGUGUCCACGCUAAGCGUUGCCCUCAUCUCGCUGGACCGCUACUGCGCCAUCGUGCGGCCACCGCGAGACAAGAUCGGGCGCCGCCGCGCGCUGCAGCUGCUUGCGGGAGCCUGGCUGGCGGCCCUGGGCUUCUCCCUGCCCUGGGAGCUUUUCCUCGGGCCUCUAGAGCCCCCGGCCGCGCAGAGCUUCCAUGGCUGCCUGUACCGGGCGUCCCCGGACCCCGCGCAGCUGGGCGCGGCCUACAGCGUGGGGCUGGUGGUGGCCUGCUACCUGUUGCCCUGCCUGCUCAUGUGCUUCUGCCACUACCACAUCUGCAGGACCGUGCGCCUGUGGGAUGUGCGCGUGCGGCCGCUGACCACCUACGCCCGCGUGUUGCGCUUCUUCAGCGACGUGCGCACGGCCACCACCGUGCUCAUCAUGAUUGUCUUCGUCAUCGGUUGCUGGGGGCCCUACUGCUUCCUGGUGCUGCUGGCCGCCGCUCGGCAGGCCCAGGCCACGCAGGCCCCCUCGUUCCUCAACGUGGUGGCCGUCUGGCUGACCUGGGCCAAUGGGGCCAUUAACCCAGUCAUCUAUGCCGUUCGCAACCCUAACAUUUCGAUGCUCCUGGGGCGCAGUCGUGAGGAGGGCUACCGGACUAGGAACGUGGACACUUUCCUGCCCAACCAUGGCCGGGCUCAGCAGGCCAGAAGCCGCAAUCGUUUUCGAAACCGUUAUACCAGCCGCCUGGGGGUCUGCAGCUGGAUGUCUUCUUCCAACCCGCCGAGCGGCGCGGGAGGGGACGUGGCCAUGUGGGCUUGCAAAAAUCCAGUCGUACUUUUCUGCCAGGAGGGGCCGCCAGAGCCUGCAAGAGCCGCGGCCAAACAGCCUAAAUCCGAAGCUAGGGAUACCAGCCUCUAAGAAGCGUUGGGAUGCGCAGCUCGUGAAGGCAAAUUGUCACCAGCGUCAUAUGACACAGGAUUCCGGGGAGAAUCGUGUAUUUCGUAAAGCCAAACAUUUAAGAAAGAGACCUAGGGGAGAGGUUUACCAAGACAGUGACCCUUCCUUCAGAAGUGCCAAAAGCAAUGUAAAAUGCAAAAAUUAAAACUAUAUUAAACCACACAACCAAGCGUUGUGAACUGUAAGUGCCAAAAAUGACAAAAAUAAAAUUCACAAUUAUUGAGAAGCUCAUAUUACAGGAAUCACACUGUGAAACAAAAAAUCAUUAAAUGCAACUGGUGUCUGUUCAAAUAUAUAGUGUUUCAGGAAAGAAUGGAGACCUUAAGAAUUGCUUGAAGGCCCCUCUAAAUCACCAGCAUUCAGCAGAACUUAAGAUUUCUAGAACUUGCACCUCUGACACAUGCUUUGAGUACUUAGGUUAGGAGUAGAAAUUUCUUAUUCUUACACACUUCGCACACUUCGGUGCAUUUCUUUCCCGCCCCAACCCCCUCCCCCACCCCCAAUCUUUGGGUGAAAUUUUAAGUUUAUAUCCACCUAAAACCAUUUUAGGAUUUUGAAAAGGUGUUUUCUUACUAUAAAAUUCAACCAUUUGAGGGACAAAUAAAAGCAAAUAAAGUGUGGCUAUUUUAAAAAGUAUUCCAAGAUUAUAUUUAUAAAUUAAUGGCCCCCAUCUGACCCCUAAAUUAUCUGCCUUGGAAGCUUUGAGACUUGAAACUUAGUCUAACCAGCAACUUUUGUUUCUAAUGAUUUAGAGUUGCCACUCUCAGAAAGCUUUCCUGGUCUUAAAAAGAUAACUUUCAUAGUAGAAAAAUCUUUGCUUUUGAGAUAAAUUUGAUUUUUGAUGCAGCCAAAAAUGUAAUUUGAAGUCAAGUUGAUUGAAUCAGGUAAGUAA